AUGGAUGUCAAGACAGCUUUCUUGAAUGGUCAUUUGGAUGAGGAGGUGUAUAUGGAGCAACCUACUGGUUUUGCAGAAGUUGGAAAGGAAGAUUUAGUUUACAAGCUCAAUAAGUCCAUUUAUGGUCUUAAACAUGCUUCGAGGCAGUGGUUUGAGACAAUUAGGAUGGAGGAUCAUGAGAACUUUGGAGAGUUCCAUGCAAAACUGAUGGACAUUGUGAAUUCUAGCUUUAAUCUAGGUGAGCCCAUCCCUAAUUCCAAAGUGGUUAGAAAAAUUCUAAGAUCUCUUCUGAAGAGAUUUAAAGCACAAGUCCCUGCCAUUGAAGAGUCCAAGGAUGUGGAUUCCUUGAAAGUGGAUGAACUUGUGGGUUCCCUCCAAACCUUUGAAAUGACUCUUGGAUCACCUAGGAAAUCAAAGGGCAUUGCCUUGAAUGCCAUUAAAGAGGAGUCCUUGAGAUUCACAUUUUCAGAAACGCUUAGAGUUGGUUCCCAACACAACACCUUUGAAUGGUUGGAGGAGAAGCUCACAUAG